CAAUGGAGUGGCUGGCGUAAAACCCAGCCCUCGCGUUCAGCCAACCAGAAAGGAGAAAGAGGAGAGGUGGCUAUUAAAUGGAUACGAAUACUUGGAGGAGAUUUGUCUGCUUUUCUGCGGGUUUUAAGACCACGUUUGCCACGUCUGCGGAUCUGGUGAAUGAGACUGAAAGCUGGUGAGAUACAAAGGCUGGGAGGAAUCUCGGCUCCGUGGUUAGCCUUUUCCAUCUCCACCUUUAUUGCAACGUCCAACGUUUUAAAGUCCUAUGAAGUUGAAUUUCAGAAGAUAUAAUUUAAUCUGAAAAACGCAUCUUCAAGUAACCAGAAUGGAAGGUACCUUUUGGAUUCUCUUUGGGACACUGGCUUUGGUGAAUGGUGCUCUCAUUCCAGAACCAGAAGUCAAAAUCGAAGUUCUCCAUAAACCUUUCAUUUGCAAAAGGAAGACCAAGUUUGGAGACCUGAUGUUGGUGCACUAUGAGGGAUAUUUAGAGAAAGAUGGCUCACUGUUUCAUUCCACUCACAAGCAUAAUAAUGGCCAACCAACGUGGUUUACUCUUGGUAUAAAGGAAGUUAUCCAAGGCUGGGACAAAGGUUUGAAAGAGAUGUGUGUAGGAGAGAAGCGCAAAUUAACAAUACCUUCAUCCCUAGCUUAUGGAAAAGAAGGCAAAGGAAAAAUUCCACCUGAAAGCACACUGAUAUUCCACAUUGACCUUUUAGAAAUCAGAAAUGGACCAAGAUCUCACGAGUCCUUUCAAGAGAUGGAUCUUGAUGAUGAUUGGAAGCUAUCUAAAGAAGAGGUAAAAAAGUAUUUGAAGAUGGAAUUUGAAAGACAUGGUGCACCAAUUAAUUUAAGCUACCAUGAUAUUUUGGUUAAAGACAUAUUUAAUAAAGAAGAUGAGGACAAUGAUGGCUUUAUAUCUGCAAGAGAAUUUGUUUAUAAGCAUGAUGAACUAUGAAACAUUGUGUAAAAGGUGACUUAAAAAAAAGCAAGUUUGCAAAAUGAAUGGUUCUUUAAAAAAUUUUUGGAGCUGUUACUCAUCAAUGUGUGCAUAAAUUAUAACACCUAUUUUUCUACAAGAUCUAUUCCUGAUACUAAAUGAUACAAUGUUUAAAUAUAGGACUUAAAUAUUUUAAGGUUUUUAUUUAGGUAGAAGCAUUAUGUGUUGAAGAACAUGAAAUUAAAACAUUUCCAAAAACAAAUAAUAUUGAAAAUACCAUUGUUUACAUUGAAGUAUUUAUUAAGAAUACAUCCCUUGUUCAAGUAUUUCAUUUCUGUGCUCUUAGAACUCUUAAUAUUUUAAAUGAUAGUUGUCACAUUGUGUUAGUAGAUCUCAUUGUUUGUAUAAUUUAUAUAGGACCAAAGAUCCCUUUUAUCAGCAACAUUUUUUUGUUAAAAAAAAAUAAAAAAUAAAAUAUUGCUUUUUGCUGGAAAUGAUUACAGUGUCUCAUAUAAGCAACUUAAGACCUUACGGUAGUUUUUAUUAAAGAAACCACUUCUUUUUCACAAUUCAAAAGAAUGAAAGCAAUUAAGGAGGGGGUUAGUUUUUGGGUCCUGAUGCUCUUUUCAAGACCUACUUAAAACCCAAUAGAUCUCAAAAUUGUAGCUUAGCAAGAUUUUCUCUCUUCUAUAUAAACCAAGUGCAGUAUGAACAGUUCUUUUGAAUUGGAGUUAAAUUGCCAGUCGAACUCACACUAUUUUAUUUGCCUUCCAAAUCCGUUGAUCCCUAUUUUGAAAAAUGAAUGUAGGUUUAUUGGGUUUUGGUAAGUCAUGCUUUCAAUUUGGUUUACUAAAGAAAUUAUGGUUAGCUGGAUUUGCAUACUAGAUUAAACAAAACCAAGAUAUUAUUUCACUUAGUAUGAUGUCCUGUUUAUAUAUACCAAUAGGAAAUGUUAUGUUCAGGUAUUCAAUCCCAUUAGUAUGAGAACCAUGUCUGUUUCCCUAUUAUAGUAGGGUGGGUAGUAUUACUUUAACAGUAGGUGAUCUGCUUUGUGUCUGUUUGUCUGUGAGUUAAGACACAAACAAUCAGGCUUCUACAACAAAAGAGCAGGCAAUCCCUUAUGGCAACUAGGUCCGUCAUGUUGACAUGGGUUUGAAUUACUGAGUUCUUCCCUUACAUUGUGUAGGGAGUUUAGAUUUUCCAAAUGAGACUUUUACUUCUCUGGUUUUUUUCUGUAAGUGUAGCUCUGUUGUAGAUUGGAAUUCAAUAGCUCUAGCAAGUUGGUGGAGUUUUACAGAUGGUCCUUGUUUAAUAGCAAUCUGGUUAAGUAAAGUGGUUGCUAAGUAAAAUCCUAACUGUACUUACAUUCUUACUUCAGCUUUCCUUUGCUUCACAAAACUGUGAAGGUUGUAAAUACAAGGAUUGGCUGUAAAAUUACUUUUUC